AUGCCAAAUUUCACCGACGUGACAGAAUUUAUUCUUCUAGGGUUGACCAGUCGCCAGGAACUUCAAGUUAUCUUUUUUGUGGUGUUCCUAGCAGUUUACAUAAUCACUCUGUUAGGAAACAUUGGUAUGAUUAUUUUGAUCACCAUCAGUCCCCAGCUUCAGAGCCCCAUGUACUUUUUCUUGAGUCAUUUGUCUUUUGUGGAUGUGUGGUUCUCUUCCAAUGUCACCCCCAAAAUGCUGGAAAACUUACUAUCAGAGACAAAAACUAUUUCCUAUGUGGGGUGUCUGGUGCAGUGUUACUUUUUCAUUGCCCUUGUCCAUGUGGAGGUCUAUGUCUUGGCUGUGAUGGCCUUUGAUCGCUACAUGGCCAUCUGCAACCCUUUGCUUUACAGCAGUAAGAUGUCCAGGGCUGUAUGUGUUCGGCUUAUUUCUGUGCCCUAUGUCUACGGAUUCUCUGUCAGUCUAAUAUGCACACUAUGGACAUAUGGCUUGUACUUCUGCGGAAACUUUGAAAUCAACCACUUCUAUUGUGCAGACCCUCCUCUCAUCAAGAUUGCCUGUGGGGGCAUCCACAUCAAAGAAUACACAAUGAUUGUGAUUGCUGGAAUUAACUUCACAUAUUCCCUCUCAGUGGUCCUCAUUUCCUAUACCCUUAUUGUAGUAACUGUGCUACACAUGCAUUCUGCUGAUGGAAGGAAGAAGGCAUUCUCCACAUGUGGGUCCCACUUGACAGCUGUUACCCUGUUUUAUGGGACUCUCAUAUUCAUGUAUCUUAGGCGGCCUACUGAAGAAUCUGUGGAGCAGGGGAAAAUAGUGGCCGUAUUUUAUACCACAGUGAUCCCUAUGUUGAACCCCAUGAUCUACAGUUUGAGAAACAAGGAUGUGAAAGAGGCAGUCAGCAAAGCAAUCAUUAAACUUGGGGCAGUGAAUCUACGAUAG